UCCAGGACCGUAAACACAAGAUUCGUAGGGUAAACGGAUCGGGUUAGGAGCUGGUACAUUAUAACGGGUUAACUUGUAUCCAACCCGUUGAAAGGCCUACUCCGCGGGAACCCCCACGUUUUGGGUGUGUAGAAAGCAUCCACUUGCAGCGGGACUUUUGGCCCUAUUGCCACGUUUUAUCAGUUUCUGCUGCUACUGAGAAGAAAUGAGUUUCCAAAAUUGGGCACGCUUUUUCUGACGCCACGUUGCUAGUGUAAAUCUGCAAAAUUGGUCCAGUUGAAUUGAUCCCGGAGCUGCAGAAGCGGUCGUUGGUUGGUGGCAAGUGGCAACAGAAGAUGCGCGGGGUUCGUUAAGACUUGGAUUACUACUAUUGCUGCCACUGCUAAACACAUACUCUUAACACUCGACUCGUCCAUCAAUUCACGGUCGGAGUCACGAUGGGAAACUGGUGGUCGGAUACCAAAGAACCACCACCGCCAUUGGUGUUGGUUCCGCCGCUCUUCGAUUUCCCUCCACUCGCUGCUCGUACUAGGAUGCUGGAGUCAUCCUACAAUUUGUUGUUUGGCAAACUUCCAUUGAGGUGUUUGUUUGAGGAUUAUUUUGAAGAGUCCAAGCAUUUUAGCACCAGGAUCAUGCUUAAGCCCAUUGAUGAUCCUCACGUGGAUUUGAUUGCUACUGUGAUGGGUCCACUUGACCAGAAGCCCGAGGAAAGAAUUGUUGGAAAUGCCCAGUUUCGAUGGCAGAGUGAUGUUGACGAUCCUCAUACAUUCAUGGACCUUUCUGUAUCAAAUUCUGAUCCGACUCUGCUAAUUAGGUCGUGUGCAUAUUAUCCUAGAAUGGGUUUUGGAGCCUUUGGCAUCUUCCCUGUGCUUCUGAAGAAGAGAGUAUCAUCGGAAGAUCAUGGUGUUAUGGGUUUGAGAUAUGGCUCGUCAAAUCUUUCAGUUGGAGCUACAGUUAUGCCUUUUUCAUUGGGAGAUGAGUUUCCAAGAAGUGCUUGGUUGGUAAGCAAGAUGGGAAGGUUGAUGGCAGGAGUGCAAUAUGAACCCCAGUUUGGAAGCAAGGAUGCAGCAAGAUAUAAAAACUUGGCUAAUUGGAGCUGUGCUAUUGGUUAUGGGCUAGGAUCAGGCAGCCCUUUGAGUCCAUCCUUCAAUUUUGGUCUUGAACUAGCUAAAAAUUCGCAGUUCAUUGCCUCAUUCUAUCAACAUGUGGUAGUCCAAAGACGUGUGAAAAAUCCACUUGAAGAAGAUGAAGUAGUUGGAAUCACUAAUUAUAUUGACUUUGGUUUUGAGUUGCAGACAAGAGUUGAUGAUGAGAAGACCUCCAACAGUAUCCACGACUCAACUUUUCAAGUUGCUGCAUCUUGGCAAGCCAACAAAAACUUUUUGCUUAAGGGGAAGGUGGGACCUCUAAGUUCAUCUCUAGCUUUAGCUUUUAAGUCAUGGUGGAAACCUUCUUUUACUUUCAGCAUUUCAGCAACCAGAGAUCGUUCAAAAAGAGAAACAGCCUUUGGUUUUGGCAUUCGUGUUGACAGUCUUAGAGAAGCGAGUUAUCAGAGGGCCGAUCCAAAUUUUGUGAUGCUGACACCAAACAAGGAGCAUCUGGCGGAGGGCAUACACUGGAAAAUUGGGAAGAGGCCUGUGCUACAAUCUGACGUCAAUUCUGGGAAUUUUGAUGGCAUACCCAGGGAACUGAGACCCUUGGGCAAAAUUUUGUAAUCUGAGGCUUAGGCAGCUAUAGCUAUUAGUGCUACAGGAGCAGGGGAUGCACCGCACGACAGAGUGAACAUGACAAACUGAGAGAUUUUUUCAUAUUUUAGAAUCACCACAAGUUUCGGACUUUGCAAUAUCUCUCUCCUCCUUCAUACGUUGUAACUUCUCCGGAUUAUUUUCCUGUGUAAUUUUUUUUUUUUUUCAAUCAAUGCUUCUAAGACUAGAAGCCGAGAAUGACAACACUGUAAAACCACCUCUGGAGAAGGAGUGGUACUGCUUGCUUGCGUCUUUACAUUUU